AUGAGUAAAUUAAUGGACUUGAUAGCUAAUACCAAUGGGACCGGAUACAAUUUACCCUUGAUUUUGGCCGUAGUGUGGAUUGUAAGGCACGAUUUUGCUGUCUAUACCAUCUCUCCCAUAACCAUGGGCCACUUUUCCACUAGCCUGGCCAGUCGACAAAUUCAAAAUGAUUUGAUGGAUGAAAUUCUUAGGAGGACAAUGAAUCCCCAUGGAAUUAUUCGGUAUUUGGUGGAAGGUGAAACAUAUCCCAUACUGGAAUCACAGCGUUACAUGAACAAAGAAGGUUUGGGUGAACUAUAUUACAAAUACUACGCCAAAAGAGAGAAGUCCAUAUGGUUUAUAGAUAGCCCAAAAGCCUAUAUAAAUUUUGAAAAAAACCUCCUGGAUAAAAAUCGCAAUUAUCAACGUAAUGGGUUUUUCCUUUUAGUCUAUACCGGCCAUGAAUGCGAUUGCAUGACCAGCUUUAAACAACUUUUCAAGCGUCUGUUCGAAUUGUAUGUUACCAAUGUCAAUAUACUGCUAAUGAUUGGCAAACAUGCAUAUCUCUAUACCUAUUUUCCAUUUCGAGCCCAUAAAUGUCAUUCUUUUGAACCCGAAAUGUACAUCUCAUUUCGAGGCAUUGAAAAUAACGGAAAUUUUAGCACAGCUAAAUCUUUCUAUCCCAGCAAAGUGAUUAACAUGCAUGGCUGUCCUCUGACUAUAGUUACUUGGAAUUUCCCUCCGUACAUCUUUGUGGAUCGUGAUGAGAGUACUGGGAAAUUAUUGGCUUUGCGAGGCUUGGAGGGUUCUUUAAUAACCCUGAUGGCAGAACGAAUGAAUUUUACUAUAGAAAUUAAAACACCUAAACAGCUGAAUAUAGGAGAAGUGUUUGAAAAUGGCACUGUAACUGGAGCACUGGGAAUGGUUGCUAAUCGCGAAGCCAACAUCACAAUUUUUUCAUACGUAUAUACUGCAGCUCAAUCUGAGGCCAUGUUGGCCAGUGAAAGCUAUACCACAAUACCUUAUGUUCUGGCUAUAGCCAAAGGUAGACCACUCACACCAUUCGAGCGUUUGGUGAAACCUUUUCACUACAUUAUCUGGAUAUGUUACAGCUCCACCUUAUUCAUAGCAGUGGUGUUUAUUUACAUGCUACGCUUUAUUGGGAAGACCAGGAUCAUAAACUUGGUACAAGGUGAUCGCAAUCAAACGCCACUAACCUAUCUACUGUCCAUACUCUAUGGAAUAUCAAUACAUAAUAAUAUACCUUAUGGAAAUUUUGCACGUUUUCUAUUCAACUCCUGGGUGUUGUACAACUUGGUGUUGAGAUCAGCUUACAAUGGAGAACUUUUUAAAAUGUUACACGAUGGCACUACUCACAAUGAUAUUAAAACCAUCGAACAGGUGGUGCAGAAAAACUAUACGAUCUACACUUUUGCUUCCUUGGCGGAAAUCAUUAAACAAAUACACCCCAAGGCAAACUUGAAACCUUUUCAAGGGAAUUAUAGCCUCGAGAGCACCAUGCAGCGAAUUGGUGAUGAAAAUAACCAAGAAAAGAUAGCGGUUUGCCUAUUAAAACUUACCAUUCAAUACUACAAUCAAAUGAAUCCCACGAAAAGGGUGAGGAUAUUGCCACAGAUAUUGUUAACUUCACCGCUAAUAUUCUUCAUGCCACGUCACAGCUUUUUGCGAUUACGUGCCGCAUCAUUUGUAUUGAAAACACGUCAGUCGGGACUGAUGAAACGCUAUCGCACAUUGAUAGUUUAUGCCGCAUCUAAGAAACAACGACAACACGGUGAUGCAGCAAAUCUCUCGAUGAGUGUGCUAAUGGGCUUAUUUUAUAUCUAUGGAGCUUUAAUGAUUUUGUGUAGUUUUGUGUUCAUACUGGAAAUGCUAUCCGAAAGGUAUCGAAAGUUGCAAAUAUUAUUAGAUUUUUUAAAUAUUUAA